GAUAAAGUGAUCUCAAAAAGCAUUUAGAUUAUAUAAGAAGACAAACAAUGUGAAAACCAUUAUUUUCUUCUCUUUUUCAUCUCUUUUUCUGUCUAUUCUUGUAUUUUUUCUUCCGCCCCCCUUAAUCUCCUUAUUGUUUGUGUACAUGAAAAAUGUCUAAUUUUCCAACAACAACAACAACGCAUCCUGAUACUGCUAUGUUGAAUGAAACCUUCAUAAGUAACUAUUUGUUGAAUGAACAACCACAAUCGCAACAGCAACAGCAACAGCACCAACAAGCUCAAAUUGCUAGCAUGAUUGAAAGCUCCAAAGCAACUUUGUGGUAGGAUCAAAAAUAAUCUAAACAGUGGUUUACAUAAUAUGACCUUAUAUUGUAUAAUUAUAUAAUCUACAAAUAGGAUGGGUGAUCUUGAUCAUUGGAUGGAUGAGGAUUAUCUUCGACAGCUUUGGCAUGUCUUUGGUGAAAAUGUUGCUGUAAAAUUGAUAAGAGAUAAACGAACCAAUCUCAGCUGCGGCUAUGCUUUCAUCGAGUUCAGCUCAACUCAAGCAGCUCAGAGGAUUCUUGAUAGAGUACAUAAUACAAGAAUUCCAAACACAUUGAAGAUAUUCAGAUUGAAUUGGGCUUCCGGUGGCGGAAUAUACGAUAGAAAAGAGGAUCGUGCGCCUGAAUACAGUUUAUUUGUAGGUGACCUGUGUAAUGAAAUUGACGAAACAUAUCUUUUAUCAUUGUUUCGUCAAAGAUAUCCUUCUUGCCAUUCAGCAAAAAUCAUGACGGAUCCGACUACUGGUUCUUCCAGGGGCUAUGGGUUUGUAAGAUUCUUAGAUCAAGCAGAACAGCAAGGCGCUGUGAUUGAAAUGAAUGGUGUUCUUUGUGGCAAUCGACCUAUACGUGUCUCGUUUGCAACACCCAAAAUCAACCAUCAUCAACAGCAGCAACAGCAACAACAUUAUUUUCAACAAAAUAAUAGCCAGCACUUUGAAAACAACAACAAUAAUAAUCAGCAGCAUCAACAGCAACGCUAUUUACAAUUAGCAUUACAAGCUCCUGCUCUAAUUAAUCAAGUAACGGAUCCUAAUAAUACUACAGUAUUUGUCGGCGGUUUAUCUUCCCCUGUCACAGAAGAAGAAUUAGGACAAUUUUUUGCGCCCUUUGGAGAUGUGAUCUAUGUAAAAAUACCACCCGGGAAAGGCUGUGGAUUUGUACAGUAUGCCUCAAGAAUAUCUGCUGAGCAAGCCAUUGAACGAAUGAAUGGAUUUCUAAUUGGAAAUUCGAGAAUUCGAUUAUCUUGGGGAAGAUCUCAAAAUGAUAAAAAUACUCAACAACAGCAGCAGCAGCAGCAACAACAACAACCAGAUCACCAUUUGUUAAGCCCUUCAACGAAUACGACAAUCUCAACUUCUACCAUAAACACUGUAUUCAACCACAAUUAUCGCUCAAUGUCACCUCCUCCCAUCACUGCUACUACUACUAAUAAUAGUUUAGGCCAACGUGAUAAUGUUAUGCAUAAUAAUAACUUGUUAUUUCUAUCAGCAACAUCUCCUCGUCAACCGCCUCUGUUAAACAAUAGCACCAACCUUACUGAUAUGACGCCACUCAAGACGGCCCUGAAUAUGAACAGUUUAAAUUUUACUGACCCAAACGCUACUGUUGCUACUGCAGCUUCUACAGAUGAUUGGUUGUUUAGAAACCAUCCAUUCUAUAACAGCAAUAAUAACAAUAAUAAUAAUAACAACAGAAAUUGGCCAAUGAUCAAUCAAGAUAAUAGCAACGAACUCCUUUACAAUUAUCUCACGUAAAUUUUUCAAAGACUCGGAAUAUGUUUCUUUCACUGCCUUUGUCUCUUUCUUCUUUUUGUCUGUCUCUUUAUUUAGUAUUUAUUUAUUUCAAUAGCAAGCAC